AUCUGACCACUUCAGGUUCCAUUUGUGAAUUUGGUGUGUGUGUUGCCGAGGGGAUUCCCAUCCUUCUCGUCUCGAUUUACACGUUGAUUUUGCCCGGCUGCAAAAGCAUGCGAGUGUUUUAUAGCCAACGACCUGUGCUAAUCCCAUAAAUCUAAUUGGCCCCGGGCCUCGCUCUACUCCUGGCCAGCUUUUGGGUUAGCCGGUCACACACAGGCCGAAAUAGCAAACAGCAAAAAAAAAGGGGGGGGACAAGAGCAACAUCCUCCACAAAGUCCAUGUCCAUUUCCAUUUCCAUGUCCAUGUCCAUGUCCAGUUCCCGUUCGAAAUACGCUCUACACCCGGUGGAAAAUGCGCCUGCAGCUUGACCAUUAAAUGUGACUGCAAACUUUUCUCUCGCUGGCAAAAAAAAACUUAACGACAUAAAUUAGAACUUCAGCUGGGAGCAGCUUCUCACCGAGCUCCACCUCUUUUUGAUCCCCUCUCAGGUGGCUGAGCUCCAAUAAAGUGUCGCUCGCCGAAUAAAAACAAUUGCGAAUGCAAUGUUAUGCCUGCAGCGGCAACAACUUUAUUUUUAGCUGCACUUAGUCCUGGCUGACUUGUCACCUGUAUAGCACAAAAAAGAAGCAACAGUAACGGGGAAAACAUAUCUCAAGGGAAGUGAAGCCUGAAAAACUCUAGAACACUCUACUCUAGAAAAUACAAUUAUAUCACUGGGAUUCACAGUUUUGGUACUUAAAACUUUUGAAAAUAAAAUCAAAUUUUUGGUUUUAUUUGUUCAUUUGAGAAUCGUAAUCCCUGAAAAGUUAGGUGGCCUUUUAAUGCGGUAGCAUUAAAAAUGAAAAAUUUAACAUGUAAAUAUAAUUCUCAGACUUUAUCCUCUACUAUUGCCAGUUUCCAACUACCCUAAAUAAUAGUACAACCUUAUGUUAGGGUAACCAAAAGAAAAACUUUAAAUUGGCAUAAAAACUUUUGAACUUUUGGAAAAGGGGGGCGGUGAGGGGUUCAACGAGGGAGUAAGUUGGGUCAACGGCAGCCCAUUAAAUAGAUUGAUGACCAGGCCAACCGACUUGGGAACUAUGUCAAUUGAGACAGUAAACUGACGGAAAGAAGGUUACAAGUUGCACCCAAGCAGGCGUAGUACAUAAAAUCAGCUUUGUGCCAAAUCAGUUCUAUUAUUUCCAUACAAAAAUGUCGGAGCAAAAGGUUGAGACCACUGGCUUUGUGCCCCAGUACUUUAUAUUACUGCCCCGAAAGAUCAAGAAACUAUUGCUAUAUCGCUUUUUUUUUGCUACAUUACUGUGCUCAUGGUUGGACUAUCAGAUGCUUGCGAUUUUCUUGUGCAUUAAUUUAUUUGAGGUGAGACGACCACUGCUUUCCCUUAAAGAGAUAUUGGGAUGGACCUUGUUUUCAGUCUAUACCUCGAUAAUGAUGUUGGUUAUACGAAUGUGCAUGGUUGGUUACGGUUUGAUAUUGUGCCACAUACACUAUGUCAAUCCCCGAUGCUAUCCGAACAGAAUUUUGCGUAUAGUCAAUGAACUUCCUAUACGUAUUUGCUUAUUUUUAUCGAUACUCUCAAUAAGUAUAACAAGCAGCUGGUUAUAUGGGUCUUUUGUGGAUUUGAUAUAUGGAAAUUAUUUGUUAGGCGGAUCCUGGUACUAUCUAAUGACCUUUGGCUGUUUUAGUGGAAUUUCCUAUUUCCUUAAGCAUCAUGGAAGAUGUCUAAAAAGAUUCCCAUUGCCCAUAGUUCAUCUGGAUAUGAAGGAAUGCCUUCUCCAAAUCUGGUGUGAUCAACUAAAAAGAUCUGGGAAGCAAGCUUUUGUACCAACUUUAUUAUUUACCCUGAUUUACUGGCCAUGUAUGGGCUAUUACGAAACUACUGAAAUAAAAGGAGUUAUUACUGGAUUUACUGUGAUUAUAAUGGAACCCACACGACUAUUCAAAGGUUGGUUCUUAUCUACAUUGAUACUGGCUAAAUUACACAUGGUGCAGGAGGUUUUUGGCUUGAUUAUGCAGCGUCAAUUAGUGUUAAUUAAUGAUUCAAGGCGUCUGCACGAGUAUCUGGAUAUUAAUCUAUCCAAUCUGAUAUUGGCUCGUUUCCAAUAUUUUCUCUGCAUGAUGAGAAUGAAGCCUAUGCCAAUUGAUAAGCAACGCUGUAACCUUUCCCUACCAAUCGCCAUGGCUCUGGAUACCACGGAAAUGUAUGGCUUUCGAUUGCUAGCAGCCCGUGAUUUUUAUGCCGCCAUGUCGGGCAGUUUAUGUAGUGAACUACUGAAUCAGCCAUUGGAUUGUAAGAGAAAUCGGAGUUGGAGUGAGUUGCGUGAUGUUAUACUGGAAACGGUGGAUGAUUUUGUGGGCAGAAUCGAGUCCUGUUUGGAGACUGCUCCUCGCAUAAAAAUAUGUAGUUUGCUGAAACAUCAAAACCCCGUAAAGUCGGGAAUUCGAUCGCUGGUUAAAACAACUGCUCCACCACAACAACGUCAAUGUGGAUGUUUUCAAAAAUGUCAGCCACCCGAGGAGUGUUUGUGUUUAUGUAAUCUGGGAAAGCAUAUAUACGAAAGAACACUUAGCUUUUGGAAUUGUUUGAUGCUUAGAUUACCAGGGAUUCUGCAGUGGUAUCGUUAUUUUUACGACCCAAUUCCUAUGGCAAAACUCAACCAUGAAUUGCGAUGUGGAGAACCUUUGGUUUGGGCCCUUCAAGGACUCGUUUGCAUCUGCGUGAGAUCCAAAAAAGAAGACCGUUUUGGAUUCAUCCAAAGCGAUCUUAGUCGAAUUCUGACAUGUUUAUUAAAGUUGGAGGAAAAGUUAAUCGCUGCCGGGGAAAGGCAGGUUAGGGAGCGAGUAAAACUUUGCUCCAGUCAUGAUCGUUUAAUUAUGGCCGUCAACCGAUGUUUGUACAAAAUGCUGUUCACAUUUGGGCCGCAUUUGGAUUUUGUUAUAAAUAAUAUAACGUUAAGAGAGAACUUAUACCACAGGAUGAAGUUGCUGCCCUAAGAUUUUUUAUUUGUUUUCUAAAAUUGUGUUACGGAUAUUUCAAAAAUUUAUAUAUUUAAGAGGUUAAAAAAAACUUCUCCUAAAGUCAUGAGGAAUGUAAAUAAUUUGCUCAUAUAGUAUUUCUUCUUUGAAUAUCCUCCACUCACGCAAUCAUCUCUAAUUUAAUGGCAUUUGUCGCACUUGCCACGCACUUUCCACUUUUCCUCGCCGUUUCAGCUCUACACUUUUGUCUCCUCUUCUCGCCCCUUUUCUCCUCUCCUUUUCAUUUCUUAUCAAUAAAACGCUGCUGCUGUGUGCAUUGUUUGCUGGCUAAGUGGACAAACUCACACACGCACAACUGGCAGGGAAAAGGAACAAAGGAAGAUCCAAAAGAGAGUGGCGAACAAUUGAAUUUUCUACUUGUGCUGCUUCUUUCUCCGCCACUUCUUUUGCUUUGACUACUUUUUAUUCGUUUGGAUUCUCCUUAUUGCACCUCCCACGCUGUGUUAUCCCCUUAUCCGUUCCCUCGCCACGCUACUUUUUGAUUGCCUUUUGCCUUUGUGGUCGUCCGUAUCAUGUAAACGCUUUGUGUGCAAAAUAGAAAAUGCGAAAAACAACAAAAACAACAACGGCAAACAAACUGCGAGCAAAAUAGAGAAAUGAAAAGAUCUCAACAAGUUUGCCGUUAGUCAAGCUAAGCUGAUUUACUUGUUUGAGAGCAUUUUGCGAUUGCCAUUUUGCAUUGAUUUAAGAGGGGGUCAAAAGGGGAGAAAAAGGGGUAAUAAGAGAGUGCAGAGGUUAAAAAGCAUAAUUGUACACUCAAAUGAAUCUUCGUUUAAAAUCCCCACUCACCAAUCAAAGGCUAAGAGACUGCUGGCGAAGCAACAAUAUGGAAAUCUGCACUAUUCAAAACAGGAAGAAUUUAACGGCUUAGAUAAAGAAGCUA